AUGGAAAUCGUGGUCAGUGGAAGGUUGAAGACCAGACCCGGUGGUUGCCUGGCUCUCAGUCUGAUGCACCUUCCUCAAGGCUGCAGGGUACGUUGAGGUGACCUGUACCCCCUCUGCACAGAUACACGGACAAACUGGGAGCUGCAUGAUGCUUGGCCAGGCUGACAGUCCCUGGGUUUCUUGGAUUUUGCAAAGCCCUCUGCUUACUCUGAUCACAGUAGAUUUCGCCUGAAGUCUAGAGACAAUGUGUGAUGGAGGCAGGAAGCGAUGAGACUUUAUCAACUUCCUGCAGCUGGAGCCACCAGCUGAGUUCCUCAUUUGGGGCUCGGUGGAGCUGGGCACCGGGGUGUUGGAGGAAGCACUGAGGGCCCCUCACUGCUCCCAUCAUGACAGCUGCUCUCAUGAUCCUCUUCCUUGGCUGCUGGCUGGCCGGGCAGAGCAGGGUGUCGGGAGGGGGAACCAACAUGACUCAGCCGGGAACAGCGCCGGCUCCCACCCGCCCAGGCAGCACGGGGCCAGGUACCGAGUCUGGGGGCAGGAACUCGUCAUCAACCCUCACAGAAACAGAGGGAACUGACCCAGCUGGGACCCAGCAGCCGGAUCCCCCCAUGACGAAACCAAAGGGAGAAGACGCUGGUUCUAUUCCUGCAAGGGCAACUAACUUGACUCAGCCGGGAACGACGCCGUCUCCCACCCAACCAGGCAGCGCGGGGCCAGGUACCGAGUCUGGGGGCAGGAAAUCGCCAUCAACCCCCCCAGAAACAACGGGAACCGACCCAGUCCAGCCUGGAGCGGUGCCGGCUCCCACCUGCCCGGACAGCGUGAACCCAGGUGGAUCAGAAUCACCGAAGCUGGCAACGACGUUGGCAUCUCUGGAUCCGACCAGCCCCAUCAUCUUCGGGAUGAGCACAGCAGCCACUGUCCUCCUCCUCCUCCUUCUCGUGGCCUUGGUCUGCUUCAGAAAAACCCGAGCCAUUCAACAGAGUAAUGAAGAUCUACUUUCUGCAGAACAGUUUCAGCAACAGUAAACCAAAGAAAUCUCAAAAGAUCUCAGUGAUGCGGUCAUCUUCCUCAAACGAACAUAUUCCGCCAACUUUAAAUUGGAUUGCAAGCCAAAGGAAUUGCUUCAAGAAAUAUUCAAACUUGGACUCUCCGGGGUGUUUCCUAAUAUCACAAUUGCAUUGUGUAUAUUGUCAGUUUGCCUGCAUCAGUGGCUCCAGGUGAACGCACCUUCAACGUGUUGAAGCAGGUAAAGAACUAUCACCGUUCAACUAUGGGACAAGAGCGUUUGAAUGGGCUCGCCAUGCUUAAUAUCAACUGCGACAUUGCACGAAAGAAAGAUUUUUUCCUCAGUAAUUAGUGCAUUUGCACAGAAAAAGGCUAGAAAAGCAUUUGUUAAAUAAAAAAAUAAUCAAA